AUGGCCCAACACUAUCGCGGUAGCCGAGAGUACAAUGAAAUUUGGAAACAGGCGAAAAAGACCACCAGAGAGGAGAGUCAGCGCAUUUACAAAUCGGUGAAGGAUGCGGUUGUGUUCGCGAUCGACCUCUCGCAAUUUGGGCUGCUCACCAACCCGGACUGUGUGCUGACCGGCAAUCAUAAGAUUACGUACGAUGGAUGGCACUGGAACAAGCAGCAUCUCGACGAGGAUACGAUACGGCUGCGCAAGGUGAACCAAACCCUUAAUGCUGACUAUCGACUAUUCAAAGCGCACGCGAACGACACGUUCAAGAUUGUUUCCACGGCCAGUGGGGCGACGGUCUUCGAUUUAAACACCACCAAGUCCGAGGAGAUACAGCUCGUCGUGCCGCACUACGUUCAGACACAGCCGAAAGAUAGCCCGCUGAGGGUGUACUUUUUCGAUCGACAGGAAACGGUAACCUUUGCCGCCGAGGAAAAGCUUAACCGGGCAAGCAAUCAGAUAGCACUCGUCACGUCGUACAGUGCCCAAGAAACGGACCAAUCGCUGCUGUUUCGAUGUGCAAAGUAUUUCCUCAACCCGACCAUCACCGUGCUGGGACAGCAAACGAUAACGUCCAUCGGCGAAGCGCCCCGUACGACCGAAUACAUCUAUGACGCGCAGGACCUGCAGCUAUCCGUUGAUGGAGCCAUGAAACACGGUCAGAAAGCGUACGCGGCCGACGGCCACGAGGUGUUGGACCGGAAGUUGCGCGACCAGGAGGAAAAGCGCCGUCAAUCCGAGACACAGGACGCGCCCAAGCGGAGCGAUCUCGAGCGUAUGAUUUUGGACGUAAGCGAGCGGGUAACGGUCGUUGAUUUGGGCUCGUACCGGCUGCAGGAAGAGAUGGUAUCCUACUACGGGUUUGAAAGCUACGAGCAAAACCUAUUCGGUAAGGGAAAACGAUGGCAGUUUGACAGCAAACUGCUGAGAACGAAGUACAACAAUCGAUUUUUGUCGUUAACCCAACGCGAACACACGCUGGCCGGUGAAUUUGAACCGCUCGAGCCACACAUGAUGUUUGUGGUGUCCUGCUGGUUACGUUCGGCGGUACCGCUCAAGCUAGGCGAAACGAUCGACGUUCUGAGUGUGGACGUAAAGCUGGCCCAAGGAGACAAGAAAGCGAUGUCUGCCGAAAUGGCGUCGGUAAAACAAAUCGUCGGACCGUGGAACUAUGUCGAAACCAUCAUUGAUACGACACACUUUCCAGCCACAGCAAAACUCCGAUUUGUCGUGAGCGUUGCACCGACAGCUACGCAUCCAGAGAUCGAGAUCGACCAUAUACGUUUUUCACCGCUCAGCAUGCCGUUCGAGGCUAAGAUUUAUGAAUCAGGACGAGGAGAUGUCAGCGCAGUGCUAACCGCAUCCGGUCUCAUGAAGCAAUAUUUCUACAAUGUAAAUGGCAAAAAGACUGUCGUCUUUUCCGAGCAGGGGCAGGUGCAGCAAUUUGUCACCGACUCGAAGGUGAUGUUCACCCGCCAGCUAAACCGACGACCGUGUGUGGUGGAAAUGAAACCCCGUUCCUCGGGAUGGUUUGGCAAGAACGGUUUGCUCGGCAUUGUCCAUUCGCGUGGCAAUAUUUCGAAAACAUUCAACGGCGCCUGGAACACACUGGCCCUGCGCUUUCUGUACAGUCUUUCGGCGAACGAUAGGGAUUUACGAUUUGUUUGGCGCAACGAAGCGUUUCAACUGCCGUGCGCUGCCGGGUCCGCAUCCUGUCCACAGUUGCCACGGCAAGGUGAAGUGCUGAUAUUUAUUACACCGAUUCGAGUAUCCGUCUGGGUAGAUGGAGUCUUGACACAAGAGACCCUUCUCGAGCAGCAUGCAACGGAUGGCGUCCCAGAACGCACCUUCACCCUGCACCUUUCGCCAGCAACUCAACUUUGGGAGUUUAUUGAAAUGUACGAUCCGACAGUCAAAGUUACUUUCCACAGUCUCGCUGGUCAACCGACACAGGUGCUAGAGUACGUCGACCACAGCACGAUACUGCUCCGCGAGAUUCUGUACGACGAAAUCGAACGGCCAAUGCUGCAAACGAAAUGGACCAAAGUACACAGCAAUGAAGCAGAUGCGCACAUGUUUGGUUAUUAUGAAAACUUCGUUCAAACACUCGACAACACGACGCUACAGCUAUCGGGUCUGGUGGCAACGCUUAAUCCAGCCUGUGAAGGAUUCCCCUACACACACACCGUCUACGACAUCGAUCCCACGGAAAACAAACGCAUGCAAGGUUUGCCCGGAAAGGACUACACCAUUGGUGGGAAUUAUAUGCGUGCCUACAGCUACGUCCCGUUCAACUUCUUGCUCAGCAGCCUUUUCCCGGAACAGAACGGAUUCGCGCACAAAGUGGUGCAUCUUCCCGGUGGAGCCGUACGCGUGAUCGUUGAAAAUCGAAAAGGCACCAAAGUGGCUAAAUAUUCGAAGGUGGGUAACUACGAGCAUCGACUAAGCACCUGGCGCUAUGGGAAGAAUGACAAACUGCAGCAAGAGUUACCGCCCAUGUAUCACCACGUGGCUCAAACAUCAACUCCGGAGCGCGUUGAGCCGUUCUUUACCACCAACUACACCGCGGAACAGGUGGCAUUGCAGCAGCAAUGGGAGGUUCGGUACGAUUACGACGAUGCCAAGCGGCUUAUCCGAAAGCGAACACCGGACGGUGGAAUUUUCCAAUAUUUGUACGAUGGGCAGGGCAUUCUGCGCUUCAGCCUUCACAAAGAUCACAACGGAAAGCUUGACCGUGCGGUACACUUUACGUAUCUUGCCGAUGAUAAAAUCACACGUGAAGCGCUCGUCCAGCUCAACGAAACCGAAUGCGUGGAGCUGACGGCCAGUGGAACAGCGCCCAACUCUACCAACUUUAUUGACACACUCUACGGAGAGCAUGACCAGGAUCCGAACAUGCGCUACCGAUCGACCUUUUCCUCUAGGCGCAUCGAUCAGGAUCAAAUGACAGAAUUUAUCGUGCUGGACCAAAGCAAGAAAGUGCUGAAGAAAGUGUUCGUAGUCAACACGAUCAACACAUCGUACUCGAUUGACUACGAGUAUGAGAACGACAGGCUACGAUCAGUCAAGUAUCCCAUCGGCGCUGGCGAGAAACCGUAUACAUUCAUCUACGAUCGCAACGGCCAUGGUGAUAUCACAUCGAUCCGGGAAUCAGCUCUGGAAGAACCAAUGUUUGAGUUUAAGUACAACGCGGACGGGAUGGUGGAAACGAUGAGCGUAAGAACGGACGCAAAGCACACGUUCCAGCGCAACUUUACCUACAACGAGCCGGGCUUUCUGGUGAAACUCGAGGAUGAAUAUCUGUCGGAAAGCGUUAGCUAUCUGGAGACUGAUUCUUACGGGCAGGAUUCCUACACUCCGAUCUAUGAGGGUCUCAUAUCGAGGACAGUGUUCACGGCACACUGGCGCAAUUCAACUGGUCCACUGCGGAACGGAAUCCAUCCGGAGUACUUCAUCACGCCCAACAUGGACCGAAAGCGGGCCGCGCUAUGCCACGAGACGUUACGCCGCACAGGAUACCUAGACGAAAGCAAUCUUGUCGCAAAGACGUUCUACGGUGAGCAGGACGACGAUCUACCAUUUGUGUGUGGAAAGCGGAUCGCGAUGAACCACCUUUCGGGAGCAUUGAGCAGCAAAAGCUUCCCGUACCGGUACGGUCACCGAUAUGACUAUGACGAUCAUGAUCAGCUGAUUAAGGCGAAAUAUUUUCAUGAAGACGAUGAGAUGGCUUUGUCGCCGCUGACGCAUCGCAGUUUCUCGAAGGAAAUAAAGGAAGUUGAUGAAGCGACAUCCCGGAAAAUUUGGGAUUUGUUGCGCUCCAAGUCGUUCCUCACGAUGGAUUGCACCAACCCCAAUUUAUGUCACGGACGCGAAGGGACCAGAUCGAUAUUUAGCGAUUUCAUUCAACAACAUCGGCAUAGCCACCAUCUGAAAACGAUGCUAGCGAAGGCGAUAUCGAACCGCAAGGCGUUGAAUGUGAGCGAGUUCGGCCAGAAAUGUAAGCGGUGGAUCAAGGGAUCCAAUAUGGCAAUGAGUAUGUGCACGCAACUUCAGCAAUCAUUAAGCGAUCAGAAUAUUAUUGGAACUAGCGUUGAAAACCCUCUGUCAUCAUUACAUGCGGAGUUUAAAAAUGCUUUAAAACGAUACAAGAACCAUAUACCAGAUAUUGUUCGUGUGCUGACUCACCAUUUCGCGACUGCUUUGGGACACUCGGCCGCGGAUGUGCAAUCGUACGAAAUCGAUGCAAACGGGAACCAUCGGAAGUUUUACACGGGAUUCACCCGGUAUCGGUUGGAGUACCGUCCGGGAACGAAUCAGAUCUCCAAAUUGUACCGUCAACGGUUCGAUCGUGGUCAGCAUAAGGAAGAACAAUUCAACAUGGCACACGACAGUGACGGAGCCGUCAUCCAGGCAGAGCACAAAGGCAUUAAACGCAUGGAGUACGACAAGCUGCUGCAUCGAGUCAGCAAGAUAGAGAUGAUGGACGAACGAAGCCUGAUUUAUCAGUACGAUGUGCGCGGAGAGCGGACCUUCAAGCAGGUGCUGGACAAAGAUGGAACGGUUUCGAGUGAAAAGUACUACAUACGCGACGCGAAUGGGUUGGUCCUGAUGGACAUGGAUAUGACGUACCUAUCGAAGGAUCAACCGCCCGAUGUACGUGUGACGAGUUACAUCUACAAGGACCAGCAGCUGAUCGGGUUCUUGCGCAAUGACCAGCUGUACGCAGUGAUCACCGAUCACGAAGGAUCGGUCCGGUUGGUGGUGAAAGAUGGCGAAGUAGUCGCGGCUUACGAUUAUCUUCCCUACGGUCAAAUAUUCCGACGCUUCGGGACCGAUUUCGAUGGGCAGCUUUCGUAUCUGUACACGGGACAGGAGUGGGAACCGGAAACCGGCCUGUACAACUAUCGCGCACGGCUUUACGAUCCCGACAUUGGCCGGUUCUACCAGAUGGAUCCGAAGGAGCAGUACCCCAGUCCGUACGUGUAUGCCGGUAAUUCACCGAUAGCUCUGAUCGAUCCGGACGGCGAGCUUGCCUUUGCGAUCAGCUGCAUUAUAAUGGCAAUCAUUGGAGCUUACAUCGGUGCUUCGUCGGCCGCCAAGUCCUGGAAUCCGUUGGAGUGGAAUUGGAAGUCCAAAUCGCUUUGGCUGGGAAUGAUUUGUGGAGCGCUGACAGGGAUUUCCAUCCCGUACAACAUGACUGCAUCGAUAGCAUAUUUCGUCGGCAUGGGUCUCUCACUGUCCGCUUCGAUCGGUGUCAUGAUUGGUUCGGGCAUAACGUUCGGCUACUUUGCCCUGGCCGCCUCGAGCGGUUCCUGGGAUCCACGAAACUUUGACUUUUCUAGCCCCGGCACAUGGAACGCACUGCUCGGAGGUAUUGCUACGUCAGCCUUCAUCGUAACGAAUCCCAAAACACUGAUCAGCACGUUCCGUUCGCUCACGAGCACCCUCGGCCGGGCACUGUUUGUCGUUACGCACGUGGCAAUUACGGUCUCGUUCGCCUACCUGUUCGGUGCGCUCAAGAUGGGCGGUGAGUUUGACUUGCGAAAGUGGGACUUUACCGAUCCCGGGCUGUACUACAGCAUGUUUGACGCCUACAUUACGGCCUCCUUCACAACGGUGAUAGCUCGCAACAUCCCGAACACGAUCAAAAAGUACGGCAAGAAGAUAGAGGCCGGGCUAGACCGGCUGGCCGAAACGGAGGUAUACUUCCGGGCGAAGCGGCUCAUGCGAGGCGACUGGUCCAGCAAACUCUCCAACGCACGGUUCUUUCUGGCUGCCAAUGCGCAAGCGCUCGGGAACCUGCAGCGCGGCAUAAUACCGAUCGCAUUCUACACCGUCUUCGUGACCCUGCGUAUGGCGGACAGCUAUGAGAAGAGUGCCAUACCGGGGUUUUCGGUAUUUUUGCAAAUUCUUCAAACGGCGGUCAUGACGAAAGGAUUCACCAAUCGCGUAGUGAAGCCGCUUAUGCCGAACCGCAUCAACACUCCGCUAGCGCUACGACUGGAGGCACCGCCGCACCUAACCAUACCUUACCACGCGAACUCUUCUUCGGGGGCCGACUGUUUGAGAAACAUGUUCCACACACUCCACAUUGCUUUCGAAUGGUUCUUUUCACAUGCGGACAGCGAAGCGGCACUACGCGGAACAUCCUGCAGCUACGCGGUCGACAACUACAGCACGCACUACCGGCGAACGUCAAACAAGGCAGGCAGCACGAUCGAGAACUGUCACGCAAUGCCACGCAAUGAUGGCGGAGUCGCAGGCAACUACGUCAAUUGCUAUUCGCAUCGUUCGUUUGUAACUAUUCAUCCCAAGGAUGAGGCCGUACUCGAGGCUCAGGAUCACUAUCGCCAUUGUCUGCCACUAACCUACAACGGUGUGCCAGCAAUUUCGUGCGACGGCCAGCAUUCCACGCUUCUUGCUGUAGUGCAAGAACCACCCAACAUGUUUGCCCAGGUCGAUGGUUGGCUCCUGCUAGCACGUGUUGCCCCGGCAGCCGUUCGGGAAGCGAAGCGCAUCUUUCAAAACGUUUUCCGCACAUCGAAGGAGCCGCUGGAAAAGCGUGCCGGGUUCCGAGAAUCGAUGCAAAAAUCAAUUCUCGACUUGCGUUCUUUGCACAGUAACGCAAAGGUAAACGGUUGGAACAUGGGUUGGUUCGGUACGAUGCUAGGUGACCUGGAAGAAGAUGUGCAAGAGUAUUACGAGUAUGGGCGCGGUAAUGGACACAUACUUUCGGAACGACUAGCAGCGCUGUACAGUGAUGCAGCGGAAGAGAUCGAGCUGCGUGAAAAGAAUAGGAUUGUGGAAAACAUCCUGGCCGGUAAUACGAGCACUACCAUUUCGUCGCGCGAUCUUGGCUUCGUUCUUGGUAGCGUCGCCGAUACCAAUAGCUGCUGCUACACUCCUUCAACCGACCUUUUCCCACCAUCAAUUUAAAUGCCCGAUAAUGGAGCAGUAAUAAUCAUUUUCCCUCCCAUUACGCC